AAACGCCAACAAAGACCAGCCUAAGCAAAGAAGAAAUAGCUUCUUCAAGUCAAAACAUCUCUCUCUCUCUCUCAAAACAUAUCUCUCUCUCUCAACCAUUACGAAAUGAAUUCUGCACCACAAUCCUCAUCAGCCGCUGCCGCCGGCGGAAGCGGAGGAGGUCCGGCACCGUUUCUUCAGAAGACGUAUGACAUGGUGGAUGAUUCCACCACAGACGAGAUCGUUUCGUGGAGCUCUGAUAACAAAAGCUUCAUUGUUUGGAACCCUCCUGAAUUCUCUCGCGUUCUUCUCCCAACCUAUUUCAAGCACAACAAUUUCUCCAGCUUCAUCCGUCAGCUCAAUACCUAUGGAUUUCGAAAAGCAGAUCCUGAGCGUUGGGAGUUUGCCAAUGAAGAAUUUAUCAAAGAUCAAAAACAUCUUCUGAAGAAUAUACACCGCAGGAAACCUAUCCACAGUCAUAGUCAUCCUCCGGGUUCUGCUGUAGAUCCAGAAAGGGCAGCAUUGGAGCAAGAAAUAGAGAAGUUGUCUCGCGAGAAAAAUGCUCUUCAAACCAAACUCUUAAGCUACAAUUAUCUCGAUACAGAAAAGCUUCAGCUGGAAGAUUUUCAGCGGCGAUUGGAUGGCAUGGAGAAGAGGCAGACAAAUUUGCAGAACUUCUUUGAGAAGGCUCUUCAAGAUUCUUUUAUUGUUGAACUUCUUUCCCGCAAAAUUGAAUCCAUGGAUUUGGCAGCUUAUAAUAAGAAAAGGCGAUUGCCUCAGGUUGAUCAGGUGCAGCCUGUUGCCGAAGGUAGCUUGGUUGACAAUCCUAGCAAUUUCAGACUGGAAUUUGGGAAUGUUUUCCCUCAUGAUAUCUCAAAUAAACUCAGACUGGAAUUGUCACCAGCUGUCUCAGAUAUGAACUUGAUAUCAGGUAGCACGCAGGGUUCAAACGAAGAUGAGGAAAGCCUGCAGAAAAAUCUGUCUGAAGGAGAACUGACAGGAAUGCAGACAAGAACUGGCCUUGCUUUUACACCUGAAACACUAGACCUUGCAGAUACUGGGGCAUCUUUCACUUUUAACAUGGAUUCGUGUUUAUCACAAAGAGCAACAACUACUGAGUGCCCAAAUCUUCACUCUCUGGAGCCGAGUACUGAAGAAGGCGAUAGUCAUAUAUCCUGCCAACUAAAUUUAACUCUGGCAUCUUGUACAUUGGAAUUCAAUAGGAAUUCAUACUCGGCCAGGUCGCCCCAAAUAAACUGUCAGGAAAUUGGCAAUUUGGCAGAGUCAAGAGUUAACGCUGAUGGUAAAGAAUCUGAAAUUGGAGUUUCCUCAAACCGAAAUGUGGCUAAUGAGGCUAUCAAUCUAGCUCCACCAAAGGAGGCUUCAGGUAACGUCCAAGUCAAAGCAGCUGCUCGGCACGGAGUGAAUGAUGUGUUUUGGGAAAAUUUCCUUACUGAAAGACCAGGCUGUUCAGACAAUGAAGAGGCAAUAUCCAACUAUCGAGCAAUUCCAAAUAGUGAGCAAGAAGAAGGGCGGUCAGUUCAUGGAAUCUCCAGUAACAUCAAGAACAUGGAUAAUCUCACCCUUUGAGCAUGCUGUCUUGGGACACUUACUAUUGGUAUGUGAGAUUCACUGAAUAUUGUAGACGUUCAAGAAUAUGUUUGUCUUACUACUGUCAUGUAAAAAUAUGUUUGACUUUUUAGACUGAAACAUGCAUUGCGAAUUAGUUGUCUGGUAGUGUUGUAGACGUUCAAGCUUUUAAUGGUUUUCACCGGUAUUGUAGACUUGAAAGUGACUAUGCAGUUUUGAAUACAUACUCCUAUAUAUUCAAGUUUUGAAUGGUUUUCACAGGUA